UGAGACAUGAUGUAGAGUACUAGCAUGGUAUACCUGGUAUACUAGUAGUAGUAGUAAGGCAGAGCUACAUGUAGCUGUACAGCUUUCCAACAGCCAGUAGACUCUUUGCAACGCAGCCGGUCAGAUCAGUUUUUCUUCGUCCUAGAUUAUUGUGUAGCUACCCGAUACCACCAGUAACUGUUAUAAGUUUUCAUUCCUCUCAGCUAGUGGUAGCGACAUUCUUUGGAUGCUUCUUUCUUCGUGACAGCUUGCUCUUUCCCGGCCGCCAUGACUUCUCACAAGACUGACGCGAAACUGCCAUCCAAUGCACACGACAAGUCCAAGGAUACCCGAUGGCCGAAUCCUACCGGGAAUCCGCCUACUAAUUGGUCAAGGGGGGUUAGGCAGUGGAAAAACCCGAAGUACAGGGUUAGUCACGAAGAGCAAGUAUCGGAAAACAAGCCCUGCAGGCCAACUGUGGCCAUGGAUGGCCAUGGAUCAGAAGCGAAUGGACUGGAAGCUGUUCAUUUUGAUGUGUGGCAAGACAUCUUGUUGACAAUGUUGUCUAUUGAAGACGUCUUUCAGCUGUGUGCUGUCAGCAAAUCCAUGCAAGAGUUGCUUCUCAAUGAGUACACGUUCAGAAGGCUAUGUAUGCAACGCUAUCAGCUCAGUCCACAUUUAGACGUGUCAUAUAUCGGAACUGCAAAAAUCCUGUUUAUCGCAGACAAAGUAGCCAGUAUGUGUUGCCCCGAAGAUGACGAUUACUACCGCAACAAUGAACGACUAUUGGAUUUUAAGGGUGAUGCGAUUGUACCAUUGUUGAGCCUGGCGUUGAACCCACCCGACACUGUCGGUCUCACCCCGAGAUGGACCAAUGCUCAUUUGCUUCAUCCACUUGUAAAGGAGAUUGACCUGGUCGAACACGACGCUUUGCAUUACUUUCCUAGCAUACCCGAGGGCAUGCUCCUGGAAAGAUGUACCCCUAUCUACUCAAACCCCUCAUUCCAAAUUGAAGAUAUAACAACGUUGUUGCUCGAGAUUUGUGGUUCGGUUGAACAGUACCAAGAGGCCAUAAUCAACAGUUUGCAAAAGGAUAUGCCAAGGCUGGAGUUUUACUUGCCCUAUCUGAAACAAUCUUCGAGGCGUGAAGAGCUUGCGAAAGCUCUUCACAGUUUGGGUAAGAGCGACACAAAAAUAUAUUCAACCCUGGGCAUGCCCAGCCCACGUGUCCCUGAGUACCGUACUUCUGCAUGGGCAAAUAAUCCUUAUGUAGAUAUAGCUUUUCCCUGGGGUUAUCCUGAAACAGAUCCAGUGCAUAUUGCCAAUGAAUGGCUCCAGGAUUUUGCAAAGCUCGAAGUGCAUCAUUCCGUUUUGCGCCUCCUGAUAACGGGAGACCUACGUACGUCUCAGGUGGACGAUUACUUCACAGCUGUCGUAGAGUACGAAGAUAUACUAAGCCGUUUCCCAGAAAGUUACUAUAGGCACUUGUCCCCCAGGUGUCAAGAUGUAUACGAUGAUCUGGGAGACUUUCUUCUUUCGUCCUCACAAGGGCAGGAAUAUCAGAAGGAAUGGACGAAAAUCGAAUUGGUCGACGCCAUGUUGCGAUACACCAUGGAACCGUAUGACUAACUGCCAGUGGAAACACGCAGAGAUGAGCUAUCACGUGACCAGCUCAAUUAGAUUAUGCACAGUACAUCUGUAGUCUUUCCUCCUUAAGUUAAGUCCUGUCAAUGUGGAUCUACAUCCGUCAACAAUGGAUGGUCCAGUAUGGUUUAAUGUUACUUAUGGUGAUGUGAUUUAAAACGCGUUCAGAAUUCAAGACCAUUAUACUGUUUACAAGCUCCCUAGUUUUAAGUAAGCUUAAAGACUUUUAACAUUAAGCCUGUGUGUGUUUUCCCACUGACCCGCUAUAUUUUGUCAUGAAAUAAGAUAAGUUGUAUUUCUCGCUGCUCUCAGUCCUUGCUUCACUACUUCACCCGUUAUCCAGUUCACAUCUGACUUUGGCCAACUACUCUUCACUUUGUGAGUUUUUGCAAAUGGUGUCUAUGUCAUUGUGUGUGCCAGGAUAUGAGGAGCUAGAAUCAUAAUAUUAUAUAUUGGAAAUAACAAUUGGAGUAAUUAUGGGCACAGUCAUUCUCGUGCAUCUACACAAAUCA